AUGCAACGGCUUGCCAUUGUGAAGGGCAAGCUCGCACUUGUCUGCUUGGCGCUGUUCGCGGCUUCUGCUAGGGCGCAAAUUGUAUUGCAGUACUUCCCUGAUCUGGUCAGUGUAGGGGAGACGUACGAAUUGAAAUGGACGGCAGAAGGGAAUUAUAGUUACAACAUCUGGCUCAUUCAGGACGAGAGCCUGUACGAUGAUAACGACUAUGACUGGAGUAAGGUCAACGGACUCGCUGCUGGAUUAGUUUAUCAGCAUACCCUGAGUCCGACUUUUUCCUGGACGGUGCCAUCGAACUUAAGUGUCAACGACACCUACGCGCUCUGGCUGAAUGCCGGUGAGAUUCCUUUUCAUGGAGGUACACUGUCCACAGAGACGAGUUGGUUCGGCGUCACGACGGAGAAAAUCCCAUCUUCAUCGGCCUCGGCGAGUCCGAGCCCAACAGCGACCCAAGGAUCAAGCCAAACUUCAAGCGCCGAUACAGAAGAGAAAUCGAGCAAUCAUCAUAGUGGUCUGUCUGGCGGAGCAAUCGCUGGAAUCGUGAUUGGCGUCGUGCUCGCACUCGCUUUCGUGGUUGGCGGCUUGCUGCUCUUCCGACGCCGGAGAAGUAGGUCCAAAGAAGGGGACGGCGAGGCAGAAGCCAGAGCGAGAAGACUCGCGCCCGUAAUGCAGGAAGGAUACCCAGAAGGAUAUGAAUUGAGUAAAAGAAUGUCGAAAGCAGCGGUGUCAGUAACACAUACGGGGUGA